CGAAACGCGUUAUCGUUCUCGCGAGACCGACGAGAGUGAAACAGUUGUUCAAGAUGGCGGCGUUCGGAGCGGAAAAGUGGCUGACUGAGUUACCGAAUCAUGCCAUUUUCGAAAAAUUACGGGAAAAGUUGGAGUUUGAAUCAAAGUCAAAUGAAAGAGGAGUAGUUAAAAACCUGACGUUUUGUUUGGGCGGGGACUUUUUCGUGUGGGACGACACGGAGCGCGUGUUUUACACCACCAACCUGCGGCAGCUGAAUUCCGAGGAGAGCCGAGGCGGCGGGAAGUUCCAGACGCUGCUGUGCAUCAACCCGCCUCUCUUCGACGUGUGCCAGGUGUUUGUGAGCCCCGCGCAGGGACACGUCGCGCUGGUCGGGCUCCGCGGCGUGUCGGUCCUGGAGCUCCCGCAGCGGUGGGGCAAGCGGUCCGAGUUCGAAGGGGGCCGGGACCGGAUCAACUGCAAAACCAUCCCGGUGGCGGAGCGCUUCUUCACCAGUUCCCCGUCCGUGAGUCUGCGGCAGGCGGCCUGGUACCCGAGCGAGACCGACGACCCCUAUCUGGUUCUGCUCACAUCCGACAACACCAUUCGGUUCUACGGCCUGAAGUCGUCCCAGACCCCGGCCAAGGUCCUGCCGGUGUCCCAGGGUGAGGAUGAAAGCAGCGUCCGGCCUCCGGUCCGGUCCUAUGCUGCGUCUCUGGGAGAAAUAGCCGUGGCUUUUGACUUUGGACCAGUUUCCUGUCCUCCUCGGCAGCUGGCAGCUCAGUACUUCAAGGAGCAGCCGGUCUAUCCUCUCUACAUCCUGUAUGAAAACGGGGAAACCUACGUGAGCUACACGGGUCAGACCAACGGGCUGAGCGUCAGUAACCCAGCCGGACCCCUGCCCAUGUACCCCGCAGCCGAGGACAACUACGGCUACGACGCCUGCUCCAUCCUGUGCCUGCCGUGCGUCCCCAGCAUCCUGGUGAUCGCCACCCAGACCGGGACGCUGUACCACUGCGUGGUCCUGGAAUCGGAGGAGGAGGAGGACGCCGGGGCAGUGGAGAAGUGGAUCCAGAUCGCCGGGGGGGCCGUCCCGGCGCUCUACGUGUUCGAGUGCGUGGAGCUGGAGCUCACGCUCAAGGUGGCGGCGGACGACGAGGAGCCCCAGGAGCUCGACUUCACCUGUCCCAUCAGGCUGCGCCGAGACCCGCUGUGCCCGCAGCGGUACCACUGCACCCACGAGGCGGGCGUGCACAGCGUGGGGCUGAUCUGGGUCCACAAGCUGCAGAGGUUCCUUCAGUCGGGCGAGGAGGACAAGGACAGCCUCCAGGAGCUGGCUGCGGAGAAGCGCUGCAUCGUGGAGCACGUCCUCUGCACCCGCCCCCUCCUCACCAACCAGUCAGCUCCUGUUUGGGGCUUCUUAAUCGUCUCCGACCUCUCUUUGGGCGCCACCAUGAUCUGCAUCACCUCCUCCUACGAGUGCGUCAUGUUGCCCCUGCUGAGCUCCAUCCGCCCCCCGUCCCCUCCCCUGCUCUGCUCCCAGCCAGGUCCCGGGUCCGGGAGCUCGCCCCUGCGCGGGCUCGCCAGCGACUCCUUCGAGCAGCACGUCCGCAACAUCCUGGCCCGCGGCGCCGCCAACCCGCUGGUGCUGAAGGCCGGCGACAGGGAGGCAGCGCCGCCUCCGCCGCCCGAGUGCCUGCAGCUCCUCAGCAGGGCCACGCAGGUCUUCCGCGAGGAGUACAUCCUGAAGCAGGACAUGGCCCGCGAGGAGACGCAGCGGAGGGUGAAGCUGCUGCGGGAGCAGAAGAACAAGCAGCUGGAGGAGCUGGCCCUGUGCCGCGAGGAGAAGAAGAGCCUGAGAGAGGCGGCCGAGAGGCUGGCCGACAAGUACGAGGACGCCAAGUACCGCCAGGAAGCCACCGUGAGCAGAGUGAGGAGGGUCCUGUGCAGCCUGCAGAGCCAGCUGCCCGUCCUGUCCAACAGCGAGAAGGACAUGAAGAAGGAGCUGCAGAGUGUGAGCGAGCGGCUGAAACACCUGGACAACUGCAUCAGGCAGGUCAGCAUGAAGAUGGAGUACCAGAAGAAGCAGGUGGACAAGGACAUGUCUGCGGCCAGGACCACCGUCUCACUGGACGCCCACCAGAAGAAGGUGGUCCAGGACGUCCUCAGAGAGCAGGGACAGCAGAUUGGGGACAUGAUGAAGCAAAUCAAAGACAUCAAAAACCACUUCAGCUUCUGAACCAAAGUGUUUUCUGUUGAAGAAGCUUUUCUUCAUAAAACCUUUGAUACGACUGCAUUUUGUUUGUUUGAAACAUUUACUUUGUUUUUCAUUUGAAUUAUUGUCUAAAAACAUAAAAAUGUCAAGUUUCUACAUUAAAAAAACCUUUUGAACUACAAAGUUUUUGACUUGAUUUGUCAACGUUUACAAUAAAAUAAACUUGAAUAUUUUCUGUA